AUGAGUAGCAAGUUGCAAGGUCGUGAGCUGUACGAAAGUUUGGGGUCGCCUAAAAAAAUUGUCGCUCCCAUGGUGGACCAGAGCGAGCUUGCAUGGCGUAUACUCAGCAGACGCCAUGGCGCAGACCUCUGCUACUCUCCCAUGUACAAUGCUCGUCUUUUUGGUACCAAUGAGACGUAUCGUAGAGACAACUUUGGUGAGCUUGAUGGGGACGAGAAGAUAGAUCGGCCGCUGGUUGUGCAGUUUUGUGCCAAUAAUCCCGACGAGCUUUUGGCAGCAGCAAAGCACGUUGUUGGGCGUUGUGAUGCUGUUGAUCUGAACCUAGGCUGUCCUCAAGGAAUUGCUCGCAAGGGACAUUAUGGGGCGUUUCUGAUGGAGGAGUGGGAUCUCAUUCACAGCAUGAUCAGUAAACUUCACCAGGAAUUGGAUGUUCCUGUCACGGCCAAAAUCCGUAUAUUCCCCGAAAAAGAAAAGACUUUAGAGUACGCAAAAAUGGUCCUCAGCGCUGGUGCUCAAUUCCUCACGGUACACGGACGAACGAGAGAAAUGAAGGGCCAACAGACUGGGUUGGCGGAUUGGAGUUACAUCAAGUAUCUUCGAGACAAUCUUCCUCCUAACACUGUCAUUUUUGCCAAUGGAAAUAUCGUUUACCAACAUGAUAUUCCGAGAUGCCUGGAAGUAACCGGUGCCGACGCAGUUAUGUCUGCUGAAACAAACCUGGUGAACCCUGCUGUCUUCUCGACUAACUCGACUAUCGACAAUGAGUAUCCUAGGGUCGACAAACUACUAAGGGAGUAUUUCGAGAUUGCCAAAGAAACCCCUGGUCGAGCAUCAGCUGCUGCCAUGAAGUCGCACUUUUUCAAAAUUCUUAGAUCGUUCCUCCCCCAUGCGAUUGAUAUUCGCAACCAGAUUGGUCCUAUCAAGCGAGGAGAGUACGAAAAGUACGAGGACAUUGUGCGUCAGGUUGAAGAACGUGUUGCGAAAGUCCUGUCCGAAGAAGGUGUAGAAGAUAAAGUGACCAAUGAUGGCGAGUACAAGAACGUUCCUUAUUGGCGCUGCCAGCCACUAUUCCGGGUAGUUGAUGGUAUGGCGAGUAAUGGCAAAAUCACUGGAAAAAGAAAGGCUACCGAUCAAGCGAGCGAAGUGUCGCAAAGUGAGAAAAUGGCCAAAGUGGAAGCCCAAGACACCAUUCCGGCAACGGCUUAG